CUUCUCAAGAACAAUAACAGAGUCGGCCAUGGCUAUAACUAAAUCCAGGAUAAAGUUACCUUUUUUACUCUCACCUUUCUCUAAGCUAAGUUUCAAACCCAACUUUUUGUGUUCAGCUGCAGAUAUUCAUAUUGAUGAAGAAGAGUUGAACGACAAUGAAAAUGAAAAAAGUAAUCAGAAAAAGGAAAUAUCUUCGGCAGAAGCCCUACUCGCAGAAAAGUUUCAUUCCAUAAUUAAAGAUCACCACGGAAAAAACCCUAAAUCUGAUUCAUCAAACCCAUCAGACCCGUCACCUCUAAACCCGAACUUCACAAUCCCAAACCUAACUUCCGAUUUCUUCCGAAUCUCCGAACCCAUAACUCCUGUUAUUGUUACCCAGGUAGUUGAAAAAUGUGGUGACAUUCGCUAUGAUACUCCAUUUCUUGAAACCCUAAGUUUUUUUAAUUGGGUAAUGAAACGACCCGAGUUUGAACAAAACCCUGAACCCUAUAACGAAAUGAUUGAUUUAGCUGGGAAACUUCAUCAUUUUAAUCUCGCUUGGGAUUUGAUCGGUUUAAUGAAGAAUCGGAAUGUUGAAAUCACGAUUUCUACAUUUACGGUUUUGAUUAAACGCUAUGUUCGUGCUGGAUUAGAUGGUGAAGCUGUACAUGCGUUUAACAGAAUGGAGGAAUUUGGAUGUAAACCUGAUAAGAAUGCGUUUUCGACCGUGAUUGCUCUUUUUAGUAAGCAGCGAAGAGCUGAAGAAGCUCAGUCGUUUUUUGAUUUGUUGAAGGAGGAAUUUGGAGUUGAUGUGGUUAUUUAUACGAAUUUGAUUUAUGGAUGGUGUAGAGCAGGGAACGUGUUGCAAGCAGAGAAGGUGUUUGCGGAAAUGAAAGACUCAGGGAUUGAACCUAAUGUUUAUACUUAUAGUAUAGUGAUUGAUGCUUUAUGCAAAUGUGGGCAAACUGCGCGUGCACAAGAUGUUUUCGCGGAGAUGAUUGAUGUAGGUUGUGAGCCGAAUUCAGUUACGUUUAAUAGUUUGAUGAGGGCUCAUGUUAAAGCUGGUCGAACGGAGAAAGUUUUGCAGGUUUAUAAUCAAAUGAAGAAACUGUCAUGUCCUGCUGAUAUAGUUACUUACAAUUUUCUUAUAGAUACUCAUUGCAAAGAUGGGAAUGUGGAUAGUGCAAUUAAGGUGUUAAAUCAGAUGGUGAAGAAUGAGUGUGAUCCGAAUCCGAAUAGUUUUAACCCCAUUUUUAGGUGUACUGCGAAGAGGAAAGAUGUGAAGGAAGCUCAUAAAAUGUAUCAGCGGAUGAAGGAAUUGAAUUGUAAGCCGAAUGCUAUCACUUACAAUAUAUUGAUGAAAAUGUUUGCUGAAUCAAGAUCAAUUGAUAUGGUUCUCAAAUUUAAGAAAGAUAUGGAUGAAACCGAGGUUGAGCCGAAUUUGUACACCUACAAAGUGUUGAUACCACUCUACUGUGGACCUAGGCAUUGGGACAAAGCUCUUCAGCUCUUCACUGAGAUGAUUGAAGAGAAAGGCUUGAAGCCACCUUUGCCCCUGUAUGAGAUGCUUCUCAAGCAACUGAAGCAAGCAGGGCAAAUGGAGAAGCAUGAAGAACUUGUGGAAAAGAUGGUGGAUAGAGGAUUUGCUUCUAGCUAGUUAGAUUUGCAUUUGAACACCAGAGGAGAUAAUUUAUUUUCUUUUUCAUUAUCAUUAGGGAAUUUGCUUCCAAUGUAACCGUUGUUACAUUCUAAGAAAAGCAACGCAUCUAGUCAUUCCCAAAACACUCAAUUUUUAGAAAAUUCUUUUCUCAAGGCAUUUCUCUUUCUCAUAAGAUCUUCCUUUUGUUCCUUGUGAAAUAAUUGCCAGCAGUAUUGGGAUUUAGCAGUGAAACUUAAUUCCAAAGCCUUGUUAAAAUUGCAAGACGUGACGGUUCUUUAAGGAAAAAUCGACACUUAUAAAAAAAGAUAAUGGGAUAACCAUUUGUGCGCCUACGACUUCCAGUUUAUUUAUAGCUUCAGAUACUUCCCCCUCGGAAGUAUCUCUUUCAACUGCUACGACUUCUUCAUAUAUUAAGUUGAAAUCAAGAUUCUCAGCAAUUGGUCUGUUCCUGAAAAAGUUGUUGCAAAUGAUUCAUCAUUCAUAACUCCAUCUACUAUAAGGUGCCUGACUCUAUUUGAUCUUCUCAUGUAUGAAGCAGAAACAUGAAAGAAAGAGGUCUGGAUAUGCCUAAUUUUUGCCUUGUAUGUUCGACUUCCGCAUAAACCAUAAAUCAUUCAUUCCUACACUGUCCCAUGGCUAUUUCUGUCUGGCAGCGGGUGAGUCAACAUUGGGUAUUGAUAUUCUUAUUCAAGAAGUGAUUGUGUAAAUGCAAUGUUCAAGCUUUCUUCUCGGUCUACUCCUGUCCAACGGAAUUAUGUUUUCCCUUUUCUUUUAUCAGUUUAUCGUAUACGUGGACUUGCA